AGAGUUUAGGUCUGUUUGGAACUGAAUAGUAUGUAUUUUGUUUGUAUGAAGAAAUGUAUUAGCUUCAUCGUCAGUAGCCCUUAUCUAUCGUGUCUUUUUCAUCGACGUCAAAAGUUUGUAUAUACCAGGCAUUGCAGUGGUAACUAUGCUAAGCCUUGGUGGAAGUCUUCACAUAUUAUUAGAGUGGGAAUAGUUGGCAAACAUGCAUCCACUCAGGAUUCCAAAAAGGAGCUUUUGAAUGAAAACGAGUCCAUCAUACAACCUAAAGUUGGUAACAGAAAACAAGAAAAGAAUGCUCCUCUUGUCAACAUCAACAGAGAAAAGGACGAUUUGAAAAGAGUUGCUUUAUUUGUUUCGUUAUCUUUGGCUCUUGCAGUUGUGCUAUAUACUGCUUUAAGUACCCAAACUGCUGUAGAAUAUCUUACCGCAUAUAUCAUCGAGGAAAGCUUAUCAGUUGACAAUCUGUUCGUAUUUCUGUUGAUAUUUCAAUACUUUACUGUCCCUAGAGAGUCUCAAGACCGUAUUUUAUUUUGGGGUAUUUUAGGAGCUACUUUCAUGAGAGGAUUGAUGAUCUGGUCUGGUGCUGAACUUUUACAACAUUUUCAUUUCAUGUCACUCGUGUUUGGUGGAUUCUUACUUUAUUCAUCAUUUCAGCUUUUGUUUUCUCGGGAAGAAAGCCAAUCCAAAAUGGAAGACAAUAAGAUAUAUCGUAUUGCUACUGGAUGGAUACCGUUGACGAGGGAUAAAGAUGUGGAUCCGAAUGCUUUCUUUGUUGUUCGACGGAAUCAAAAGGGUCAACUUGCAUGGUUUGGUACUCCAUUAUUAUUGGUCUUGUUGAUUAUUGAAUUAUCCGACGUUGUUUUUGCUUUGGAUUCCAUUCCUGCAGUUUUAAGUGUUUCCAACGAUCGUCUAGUUAUAUACGUUUCCAAUUUAAUGGCAAUUUUAGGUCUUCGUUCUUUGUUUUUUGUUUUAAAUGAUAUUAUUGACAAAAUGAGGUUCUUGAAACAGUCUUUAUCGUUGGUUUUGGGGUUUAUAGGCUGUAAAAUGAGUAGUCACCAGUAUACUAUCUGUGGGUAUAUUCUUAAGUUGGCGGUUUCCAACGAAAACCAACUUUGACGAUUCAUCUUUGCAUUAAGUG